AUGAGGUCGUCUUCGAAACUGUACGAUGGGCGGGUUCUGGGCACGCUUCUGUCCCUUCUCCUGGUCCUUUUCCUGUCUCCCCUGACAGUGCAGCAGUAUAACCCAAGGGGCUACGAGGAUGUCUCACGGCGAGUUAUACCGGGCUACAUGAAUCCAAAUCCUCCACCAAUGCAGAUAAUUGAGGUGGACACGUCGGGGACGCAAACGGCCGCUAUGCCAUCCGCUGUGUCACUGGCUAUUGUGUUUGACUCCACUGGAUCCAUGGGCGAUGACUUGAAGCAAGUUAAAAUGGGCGCUCGCCGGAUCCUGCAGCGCCAUAUGGAGAGAGGACGAGAAGCCCUCAUAAAGGACUUCGUUCUGGUCAAGGUUCAUGAUCCAGAUGUCGGCCCAGCGCGGGUGACCACCUCCACAAAGACUUUUUAUCAGUACCUGGAAAGCGUCUACACCCAGGGUGGCGGAGACUGUCCCGAGAUGACAAUCACUGGCAUCGAAAUGGCCCUGGAGGCCUCGCAUCCCAACUCCCUCAUCUACGUCUUUACGGACAGCAGUGCCAAGGACUACGAGCGCCUGCCCCGAGUGCUCAACCUAAUUCAGAAGAAACAGAGUCAGGUGAGCGCUGGCGCUACCAAAUCUUCCUCAGCUACCCCCCCCCCAAUACCAUGGCUCGCAAAAUGGGCUGGCGCGCUGGCGAUGUAA